CAAAGCAACAUCGAGCUUAUCUUGGUCGCAUAAAGAGGCUCUAUUCCCAAAAGAAUCAACUCGAAAGGAAGAAAGUUCAAGAUGAAUGAAUCACCCAAAGCAUUUCAUAUAAACUCGGGCUAUGAAGAUUACGACACUGACCCGACUUCAAUGGAACCCGUUCAAUUGAAAGCAUUCAGGAUUCAACCAGAAGAGAUAUAUGAACAUUUAAAUUAUGAUGACCGCAAUCUGUACGACAAACUAGACCUUAAGAAAACGGAACCUGCUCAAGGAUCAAGUCGCGCCCUAUUGGCCCUGGUCAUCAUUGUGUGUUUAAUAUCUCUCGUGGCUCUUCUGCUGACACUACUGAUGUUCUUCGGGAUAAUCAGACCCUCAAACGAAGGCUCUGAAUCUGUUUUAGCCAAGAUAAAGACCUUUGAGGAGAAUAUAACGAACCAACAACUGGAUUUGGUAAACAACGUGAGAAAGCUCCAGGGCCUAGUGGGUCUUCCCGGUUUCAACGGCUCUCAGGGACCGAUAGGUCCUGCUGGACCUCCAGGAUUUAAUGGAACUCAGGGCCCCCAGGGCAUCAUGGGCCCCCAGGGGUUAAACGGCUCACAGGGAGCUCAAGGUCCUACUGGACCACAGCGUUCCCAAGGAGCAGGAAACUUUUCUCAGUGUGUAUACAACAACGAAACAGUGAGAGGACGGCGAGACCCAAUAACAAGCAACACUCGUGCACAUGAAAUUAUGGUUAGAGUGGAAGAACUCAGCGUAAGUAUACUCAAUGCUGUCAAAUGACGAUUCCGAAACGAAACAGGUCACAAUUAGGUAAAACACUACUUUCUUGUGCAUGUCCAAGUAAAAAUCCCCUUGUCGACAUAUUAAUCAAAGGAGACCUAUGGCCAAACUCGUGGAUUAAGUAAUCUAGAGAUAAAAUA